CUUUCAGACUCAGCCUAAGCGUAUGGUUGGCUGCAUCUCAAAUCGCAAAGUGAAGUUAGCCAAGCAGGCUCUGUAGGUGUCAUUCCCCAGUGAUUGUGAGAAGAUGGUUUUGCUGUAGGGCAGGAGCAGAAAGGGUUUUUUUUAAUUGUGUAUUCCUUUAUGAAAAGCCCCCUCUCUCUGUCCCAGAGUUUGUUUUGGAGGUAAAGAGGGAAUUUUAGGUUAUGAGACUAAUGGAAGAGACCCCCCCCCCAUUCCAUCUGGAAUCCCCAUAUAAAGCAAAUGUUGGAUCGAGUAGGAAAUUUUCCCAAACAGUUUUGUGGGUAGGGGUCAUCCCUCAUCACUUCCAUUUACCCUGAGUCAAUCUGCUAAAUGCAAUUUACAUUGCCUGAAAGGCAGCUGGGCCAAGCGGUUUAGACCCAGGUUACAGGUCUGGCUGCAGGAAAGAGCUCUUUGUGUCUAGCUAGGUGCUGGUGUGAAAUUUUAAUGCAACCCAUGUUUGUUGCCUUUUAGACAGGGAAUGUACAACUACAACCUGUCUAUACAGCAUCUAUAACUGAAGGGGCCUGGUUACAGCUCAGUUAAUAGCUGUGGCAUAGACAGGAGCUAAUCAUCUCCCUUAGCCAAGCUAAACCUCUGGAGAACUAUAUUUGUGGUCCAGUCAAGUUAUAACAGUUUUUCUUUGCCUAUGUGGACAGAAAAAAAAACCCUGUUAGUGACCCAUAUUUUAACCUCGAUGUGUGCCAGGGUUUGAACUCGAUUUGUGUGUGUGCUUCCCUCUGUCCAGAAACCGGGGCUGAUCUGACCCACACCCAGCUGUGAAGGCCCAAAGGGGCUGUUCCAGCAACCAAGAACAGCUGGACAGAGGGAUGCCCUCAGUCUCCUGCAAGGAUAUGGUGUGGAGCUGCUACAAUGGCUGCAUGCCACUCAGCGAUUCCUCCUGAACUGGAGGAUUUCCCAAUGACUCUAUUAGUCAUCACGCUCUGCUUGGGUGAUGUGGCAUAAAAGGAGCCUUAUUAGAAUUGAGAAUUGGAUUCAGAUCCUGCUGUUCUGCCAGAUUAUAAACCGUGUAACCCUGGACUCGGGGGGGGAAGCCUUGCAUUAAAGGACAGGGGUUUCUGUAACAAUAGUGUAAAAUGUACCUUUCCCCCAAGCUAGAGGAGCAGGGCCAUACAUGGGGUUGCAUGAAGAAAACAAAAAAGCAAAUGGCAGUAAGAAGGGAGGGGAAAAUUGCAAAGGGGACUUCUCCCUGUGACAUGCUUGUCUUUGAAGCCUUGCUGGCAAGGCCCAAAGUGUGAGUCAAGAAGUUUUUUAUUAUUAUUAUUAAUUACUUCUAUUAUGGUAGCACCUAGAGGCCUCAGCUGAGACCAGAGCUUUAUUUGUGGUAGGGACUACACAGACACAGAGUGAUACAGUCCCUGCCCCUAAGAGCUUACAGUCUAACUAGACAAGACCCACCAAAGGUUGGAGGGAAAAUGGAUGCACGGAGAAUGACUUGCCCAAUGUCACCCAACAGAUCCAAAGGAAGCAUGGGAAACAAAGCCUUGUCACAUGACAGUGUCUUUAUUUUUGAAUCUGCGCCAGAAAACACAGCUGAUGACAUGUCCUCUCAGGAAAACAUACCUGGGAAAGUGAAAACAUUGCAGCUUCAGUUACAACAGAACAUCAGACUUGGGUCUUCUCCUCUUGUUAUAACUGGCAGGAAAUUGGAAGAUACAGGUGCUGUUUCAGAAGAUGAUGGAUUACCUAAAAGCCCUCCAGAAAUCUCCACUCUUCAUGAAGUUCUAACAUGUUCACCAAGCAAGUCCUCCAACCCUGUUCAGCGCCAUAGCUCUUUGAGUUUAGGUGGGACAGACAGUGAAGAUGAACAGGUACCCUCUGAUGCUUCCUCUAGACCUGUCAGCCCUUUGUCGUCUAUGGUACUUGUGAUUUCAGCCACACAAGCCAGCAGCUUGCUUCCUGUUGAUUUCAACACCCCUGCCAGUCCUGUGGGCUGCCUGGAUACCUCCGCAGCUAGGCACAGGAUAGCAAUAAACCCGCGGAAACAGAGAGUUUUUACCAGUAAGAACCAGCAAACCCCUCUGGAACAACUGGAAAAGGAGCAGAGUUUUCCUGUAACUUCAGAAAAGAAAAGUACAACAAAACUUCUUGAUGCUGACCAGUAUGAAAAUUGGGCAGGUUCAUUGGUCUUGGAGGAGAAUAAUGGAAAAGGAAGUGGUGCUAAGGAGACACAGGCCAUAACAAAGACUGACAAUUCCACAAGUAGCCCUCGGAAUUCUGUAUCCCCUGUGGAUGUAGUUUGUACUUUGAUAGAAGUUGAUGCAUGCUCUAUAGAAACAGAUCAUCAAUCUAAAGUAACAGAUGUGCAGUCUGCUCUAGCAAAGUCUGAGGAGGAGAACAAGGCAGAGGAAGUACUGGUACCUUACUGCUCUGAUGACUCUAUUGGUGAAUUCAAACUACUUGUGCAAAAUACUGGUGAAAUAAUUGAACUUUCUGACUCUCUACGGACUGAACCAGACGCAAUUGUAUUUCAGGACACGUUAGCUUCUGACUCGUAUGGCAUUUCCUUGGAAAAGGAGGACAUAAAUAGUUUGGCAGGUGCCACAAAGGUAUCCUUAAAACAACCAGUAGACCAAAGUGACAAAGAGCCUGGAGACGGGGGUGUGGCACUUGUAGGAAAAGUGGAAGAACAGCCUUGUACCAAUGAGAACAACUUCAUCUGGUCUGAUUCAGAUCCUGCAGUGUGUGUUUCACAGGUUCUUUUAGCCGCUUUGGAGACAUCCUCUGAAGCAGAUUGGAUGGCUGUUUCAGUGCGUGAAAAUACCCCAGCAGCAAAAGAUGAUAAAGAAAUUUGCAAAGUUACAGAACUUCAGCCAUCCAAAGACCAUGUAGAUUCAAAAACAUCCCUACAAAAAGACUCAGUUGUGUCUGUGUCAGAUAUAGAUUGCAUGCUGCCUCAGAGCAAAGUGAACAAGGAGCUACAUUUUAAACCAGAAAUGCAUUGUCCUGUUUCAAAGGCUAGCCAAAGCAAUCAGGAGACAGAUGCAUCCAACAACUUGGAAAAACAUUCCAUCGGAUGCCUUGCCUCCUCCAGUUUGGCUGGCUUCAAGAGUUGUAUCCCUCUUAGUGGUGAUAGUCAGCAGAACCUGUUAGGUGGUGUAACUUCUCAAGAGAAAACAAAGAAAGAAAGCAAAUCUCCAGAGGAAAAUGUAAAGACUCCAUUGAAAUCUGCUGCUACAAAACCAGUUCGAUUUACUAUUGCUCCUGCCUGGCAAAGAUCUCUUUCGGGAGGUUCAAAUUCCAAGGAAGAUUCCUGUGCUAGAAGCUCCCCAUCCUCUCCCAUAAGACCAGAGUUGUUUGAAGGAACAGCUCACUUAGAUACCACCAGGCAAGAGUCUACAAAAAACAACCCUGAAGGGUUUGAGGGGGAUAAUGAGAGCAACAAGGCCAGUUUGAAUUCUUCCUUGGAGGGGGCUGAGCAUGAAACACAGAAUGCUGAAAACCCAUUUGGGAUCAGACUGAGAAGAACAUCCUCUUUGCUAAAGUACCACAGUGAAUCUCCAAAGCAGAUUCCAUUAGCUGUUCACACCACCUCUUCUGGUUCAGUCAAGGAGAAUCAAAAAUCAGUAGGCACUGGGAGGCCACCUCACGGCCUUCCAGGCAACCAGAAAGUGUUAGCUAAAAAAUCAGCUGUCGUGGAAGAGAAAAAUGCCCCCAAAGCAAAACCUGAAGAAGUCUCAAAGAAGCAACACUCUAACAAACUUUCAGAAAAAGUCCCUAGUCCGCAUUUGGAAACUGUUACCUCUGAACCAGCUUGGGUCUCCAUGGCAAAACUAAAGCAGAAAGGUUUUCAAGGUCAUCCUCUUGCCAAAGGACAUAAAAGGGAGGACAAAUUGUUGACCAAAACGGAUCAAGAGGAGCGAGUGACUUGUGCUAGUGAGAAUUUAUUGGGGAAGAACGUAACUCCCAGCCUGUGCGCUCAGGAGAAGAAAUCACAAAUGAAGAUCACUAUGUCUGCUACAGCAGCAGUUACACUUGGACCUAUGGCUCAGGAAGCGUCUGUGGUUCCCACCACUGAAAAGGAAACGAGACAAUCCUGUAAUCUGCCAAUGACACCGUGCAGCUCUGCUGAACCACCCUGGCUGUCCCUGGCCAAGAAAAAAGCCAAAGCUUGGAGUGAAAUGCCUCAGAUUGUUCAAUAGCAAAUGACAACAGUGUCCUCCUCUGUACUGCCAAUAACUAUAUUAACUCCAUAUAGUAACUUCUUCGCUGGGACCAUUUUUUGAGGGGAUAAGAUAAAAGCCUUAGAACUUUCAGCACAGACUGUAGCUGUGAACAUGUGAAGAUGAAAUGCCACUGACGGGUUAACCUGCAGUAACCACCAGCAUUAGGAAACUGAGCAUUUUCCAUGACAAAAUACUAUGAAAUUCCAAUUGACCAAUUCAUACUGAUCACAUGUUUGACUAAAAGACAGUGGUGCUCUGGGAGGAGGCACUUCAUGCCUUUGAAGCAUUUCCUUUCUAAAAGGGGAGGUUAAAGUACCCUGCACACAAUACAGUAUUCUGCAUGAUUUCACUUUGAGCAUUGAAUUUGUUUGGUGUCACAGAAUGGUUUUAGAGCUCUGCACUGGAGCAUCCAGACUGGCUGUCACUGAUGUAGUAGCAUAUAUGUCUCUAAAGCUUGGCCUAGGGCAGGUCUGACUGUGGUUCUGAUUUUUAACAUAUCUGUUUCUUAAAUGAAACAAGACACAAGCAGCAAUGCAGAUUCAGAGGAUUCUCAUUUUUUAGGUAGUUGAGUCACUCUGCCUUGGGCCUCAUGCCUUAUAUUAUACCAUCUGCUGGAAAGGCCCAGUACUGCAACUGCCUUUGUGUUCUACUGCUAAUGUAUUUUUUAAAAAAAUCAGUACCUUCUAAGGACUAAAUUCUGGUCAGUUACCUCUAUAAAUCUGGAAUAACUCCACUGACCUUAACGUAGUUUGGAGAUUCUGAAUUUGGUCCUUAUACCUAAGCUAAAGUAUUUUACAUUUAAUUUCUAGCAUAAAGCAAUUUCUCUUCGUAAGCCUCUUUAGUGAAAUAUUCCUGCUAACGGCAGAGGUGGGGAAGGUUUGACCCACUCUUGUUUUCUGUGUAGAAGGAUACCUGUUUGCCAUGAACAGCAUCCCACUGUCCAUAUUCAUCACACUAUGAUUUUUAGACUAUUUCCUUUACAGUUUGGGGGGAGGGGGGAAAGAUGCACUCAACAUCCACCCUUAGCCAUCAAUACAUAACUGAAAGCUGAAGCUGAGCAUCUAUCUAAAGACACAUAGCUGGCAAACAGCUGCUCUUUUAGGGUCAAUUCUGCUGUCACUGAAGUCGUAGGAGUCUUGCCACUAACUUUUUUAUGGGAGCAGAAUCAGAUCCUUUAAAAAUAAACUUUGUAAAAUGACUUAGUGACAUCAGUGUCAUGACAACCAAACUGCACCUGCCUGUACAUUGCACAUUUGCAAAACAUUUUCUCUAUACAGCCAAUGAAAACAUUGAAGUCUGAUGUGUCUAACAGAUUGUCUUUCGCAAACAAGUUGGGUAGCAUCUUUAAGAAAAAUGGUGCGUGGCAAGAGGUCUAAAUAUGAAACAACACGUUUGACCUUGGAGUAACUCAUUAUCUGGACUCCCACCUGUUGAUUCUGGCCUGAAUUUAAGUAUGUUACUACUUCUGAAAUCUGUAUCCAUUGCUAAUGAAGAUUGUGCAACUCUUAUUCAUGUGGCUGAACAACUUACUUGCGCAAAUAGUCCCACCUAAGUUAAUGGGUUUGCUCUUAUGAGUCAAUUCUAAUCAGAAAGAGUAAAGGUUACAGGCCUGUUUUACUUCUUGUUAGUAUCUUCUCCUGCAAUGUGCUAAAGCACUUGUAUUUCUCUAAAAUUUGAGAGUAUUAUGUAAAAGAACAAAUUAAACAUUGUCUGCUAUGGUUUUCUGCAGCUGAUAUCACAUACAUGGGUUUACUGACCCUCUGCUUAAAAUAUGCACUUUCCUAUAUAUUGCUAUUUCUCUUCUGUUCUUUGCCAGUCUGGAUUGCAACCCCACACCUAAACUACUGCAAACGAUAACAGCAUUUAUCUAUUCCCUUGUUGCUUUUGUUCUUGAUAUUGUGUCUCAUUGUAUGGUAUGUAUAUACGUUUUUGUAAUCCUCACCUUGGAGGACCCCCUUUUGUAUUCUAUUCCCAUAUUUGGUUUACUAUUAAACGCUAUUGUCAUGAUGGAAUUUUUCAGGGUUUGAAUGGGUUGUGAUUCCGGAGGGGCGGGACUGGCAUUAGGGAAGCAGUCCUUGAAGAACUGUUUGUGUUGGAUGGGUUGAUAUACUGUAUAGAUUCCAGGUUGGGGAAAACUCUACCUACAGGGCUUUGAACUGAGCAUCACAGAGGUGAGAGACUGUAUUUAGUCUUCUUUGAAGUCAUGGGACAAUUGGUGCAGUCUCUCUUGCAGUGUGGGGCUCUUUCAACAAUUCUGAAAGAAAUCUCUGUCUUAUGCUUUGCUUUGUGGACCUUGAAGUCAAGGGG